GCUCAUCACGAUUGAGCUUGCCAAACGUGUGCCACAUGGCUCCCCAGAGACGGCCAGUCGGGGUCCGCGCGUGAGGAACGCGCCCCCUGCUCUAGCGUCGGCAGUCCUGCGCCGGCGUCGGCGCCCCUUCAUAUUCGGGUGCGGUGACAAGGCCCCCUGGCGCCAGGUCGCCCGGCGCUUGCCCCGCCCCUUAGCCGCGGCGAGCGCCUGCAAAAGCGCCCCGCGCGCACGCAUGGCGCAGGCCCAGGCCCAGCCCGGCGCCGUGCCCGUGCCCGCGGCCCCGACGCUCGUCGCCGCGGCCGCGGCCCCAGCGCUCGCCGCCGCGGCCGCGCCCCCGACGCUCGUCGCCGUGCCCGCGCCGCCGACGCUCGUCGCGCGGCCGCUGCAGCCGGGCCCCUACGCCGUCGCGCUCGGCGGCGCGGGGCCCGGCGCGAGCUUGGGGCCGCCCGUGCUGCGGCCCGUGCCCGCCGCGGCGCCGCCGCCGCGGCCCAUCGUGCUCCAGCCCGCGCCACCGCCGCCCGCCGGGCUCCCGCCGCCCGUCUUACGGCCGCUCGCGCCGGGGUCGCCGCCGCCGCCCAAGACGCUGCGCAUCCCCGUGCUCACGCCGAGAGUGUUGGCGCCGCCGGUCCUCGCGCCGCUGCCGCCGGACGCGAGCGGCGCGCUGCCGCCGCGGCCGCCCCUCCUGUCGCCCGUCCUGCAGCCGCUGCCGCCGAACGCGCCCGUGCCGCGCGGCGUCGUGCUCGGGCCCCUGCCGCCGAACUCGCCGCCGCCGCCGGCGCUGGCCAAGAAGCUCGCCGGCGCCGCCGAGGCGCCGCCGCCGCCGCCGCCGGACGACGGCGGCAUCCCCGACGCGCCGCCGGACCACGGGUUGCGCAAGACGCACGUCCGGCGGUCGUCGUCCUACGGCUCGGCCUUCGGGGACCUGCUGGCGGGCCAGUGCGGCCUCGACCCCGACGCGGCGUCGUUCGCGCCGCCGCCGGGCGCGCCGCCACCGCCCCCCUUAACGCCGCCGCGGCCGUCCCCCAAGAUCUCGCGCAAGUCCGUCGAGGACGAGUCCGCGACGGCGGCGGCCAUCGACGCCGCGCUGCGCGGUCUGAGCCCGCCGGCGCCGCGGGGCAAGCACCGCGGCUCCGUCGACGACGAGGCCGCGGCCAUCGACGCGGCCCUGCGCGGCCUGACGCCGCCGGCGACGCCGCUGAGCUCGCGGUCGCCGCUGCGCAAGCGCGUCGAGCCGCGCGCGCCGUCUCUGUCCGUCGACUCGGCGCGCUCGGCGCUGUCCGCGGCGUCGAGCAGCGGCUCGAGCCGGCGGUCGGCCGCUCUGUCGCCGCUGAGCGACGAGGCGCUCGAGGCGCUGUCGCCCCCGAAAACCGCUGAAGAGCCCGACACGGCGCGCACCGACGAGUCCGGGUCCAAGGUGGACUGGGAGGAGUCGGAGCACGUCGUCGACUGGGUCCUCGGCGCGGCCUGA